AUGGCCUCCAACGGCCAUCCGAAGGCGAGGAACGGUGCUGGUGUCGCCCAUGGAAAGCCCAGCGCUGCGAGACGUGUGGUCCCUGUCAUUCCCCUCCCUAUGGACCGUCGCGUCAAGGCCAAUGCUGCUGCAAAGCAGGCCGCCGCCGCCGCCCAAGCUGCGGUUGUUGCGACCCUUCCUCGACCCGCCACCACGAAUGGCUCUUCUUUGAAAAUACAGCAUGACGUCGACUCCGCGCCGAAUACUCCCAAGACCAUCGAGCUCGAGGUUGCCGCAGACGAAGACAAGGGAAAACCCGUUGCCACCAAUGGUACUGAAGAGACGCCUACACCCGCCGACGCGGAAGGCGACGACACCAAGGAUCGCGAGGCUACUGAUUCUCAGGAGUCUUCUGCCGCGAUCCCGACUCCAUCCACGACCGAAGAGUCCGAAUCGACAGACAAGACCGCCGACCAAGACCUCCCCCGCUCCGCUGAAGAGCCUGUUCGAGGUAUGCCCGCUCUUGGCACUUGCAACUGCGGCCACACAUUCUCACACACUGCAGGCAAUGGCCACAUCACCUCUCCGCCCCCGAUCCGAGAUGCGAAGAAGGAGAACACCCACCAGCAUCCGUCGACUUUCCGACCCCCUCCCGUUAUUCCUCCUGCGCGAUACAAUAUGCCCCCCAAUGGACACAAUGGCUCUCGCCCCUCGCCCGUCGUCAUCAAUGGCACAUCUCACAGAGGCCCUCGAUCAGUCCACAACGGGCCACCACACAUGCAUGGUCCGCGGCCCAGCAACGGAAGCCUUCAGUUCGGAGGUUUUACUUCCAACUCGUCUUCUCCGGCGCCUCCUCACUCGGGAGGCUUCAUGCCGCCUCCUGGCAUGCCCCUCCCCGACGGACGCUCGUUCAACGGUGCUGCCAACGGUUUCCAUCGCCAGAUGCCCUACGGUACUGAGUUCGUCCCCGGUACAGCUGUUGACGGGUUCGGUCGACCUCUCCCAGGUUACGGAAGCAUGGAGCAGUAUCAUCCUCAUCUGAACGGUGGCUACGGACCUUCGACCCCUCAUAGUUUCCAGGGAUCGCACUCUUCGGCUCAUGCGGAUGACACAGGUGCCCUGGGCCACUACCCCGCGCCUGGCAUCCCCAACGGUACGGCCCACGUCGAUGACGCUCGCUCUCACCCUCCUCCGGCCGGAGCUUUCGGUGUACCACCUCCGCGAAUGAUGCCUGGGCCUAUCCCGCCCCCGCAUAUGAUGCACCCCGGUCACGAGCAUCAGGGACUGGACGACAUGGCCGCUUACCUCCGAUCGCAAUUCAGAGACCCUGCCUUUGCUGACUGCACCCUGGAGCUUCGAUACUUAGACGACCGCGCUCCCCCCGUCCGCCUUCCUGGUCACCGCCUCAUUCUUGCCAGAAGCCAAGCUGUCCGCAACGUUCUAGAGUCUGAUAACAUUGAAUCCAGCUCGCCCGGCGCUAACCGCACCAUCCUCCUCCAGUCCGAUGAUAGAUACCUCCGAUCUGAUGCCUUCUGGAUGGCCGUUCAGCACUUGUACGCCUUCCCGCUGCUGGACAUACCCGACCCAGCUUCCAAUGGCAACUUCACCAUGGCUGGUAACGCAGAUGAUCGCUUCGACUUUGCCCUUGGCUACGCUGCCGCAGGCCACGUCCUCGGAUGGCAGCCUAUUGUCUUCCGUGGUCUAGAAAUAGCGUCACAUUCCCUCAGCUGGUCGACUAUUGAGCGCGCCCUUGGCUUUGCGCUCGGCGAUCUGCCUAGCCGUGCCUCAGCUGACAGACACAGUCAGUUUGUCUAUGGCGAGCCUGUACAAAUCUUGAUGAACGGAAUCAUCUCGUUUAUCAUCAACAACUUCCCGCCCGACUUCACCUUGGAUACGUCUGUCGCCGAUCCUGAGCGCUUUGCCCGUCUUCCCUUUGCGUCGGCAUCGCCUCGUACCCGAGAAGGAACGCCAACCAUUGCUUGCGGAACGGCCGGUCAAGACCGUCGUCCUCGGCCCAUGCACAUUCAGUUCGGCGAUCUCGCUUUGGGCCCUGACAACACGUCGAAUGGCUCGGAUUCGACGUCGCAAUCCUCUCAGCAACAAAGCAUCCGAUCGACUCUUUCCACGAUUCUCAUCAAUCUCCCGUUUGCAUACCUGAAGCCGGCCCUCGAGUCGAGCGGCUAUGGCAAUGUCAAUGGAUGGGCCAACAUCGAGGCACGGCACCAUGUCAUGCGAGCCGUCGUUGGCGAGCGGGAGACCAGACGUUCAAGCGUGAUUGAGGCGGCCAGAUCCGGUGCGCUGCCGCACGCUGAUUCCAUCUUGUAUGGCCUGCAGAGCACCGAACCCCACCAGAAUGAGGAGUGGCAUGCCCUAGGCUGGCGCGAGGACGUGGUCUCGUACGUUAACGGCGACGCGCCGUCUCUCGGCCGGCAAUGGGUUCCAUUAAUCGCGCAGCCAAGUGGCACCCACCACAUGGAGACUACGAGCCGAGCGGCCUAUCCCUGA